GAGACCAUAGUAAGAAAAUAAUAAACAACUGACAAUCCCCAACAGUUUCAUCUAAUAAAAGUCAUUGUAUUAAAAUAUUUUAAAUAAUAUAUAAAUAGUAUAUUUUGCUUAACUUUAAAAGUUAAGAAAAUAUUAUGGCUAAUAGUUACGAUAUACCGAGUUGGGCUGGUAAACCACCCACCGGUUUGCAUUUGGAUGUCCUAAAGGAAGACAAACUUGUGCAGAAACUAAUGGUGGAUGAAAAACGGUGCUACCUCUUUGGUCGUAAUAAUCAAAUGAAUGAUUUUUGCAUUGACCAUGCUUCCUGUUCUCGAGUGCAUGCUGCAUUCGUUUAUCAUAAACAUUUAAACAUUGCUUAUUUAGUUGAUUUGGGUUCAACACAUGGGACAUUUAUUGGUACAUUACGUUUGGAAGCUCACAAACCCACGCAGUUACAAAUUAAUAGCACGUUUCAUUUCGGAGCUUCUACCCGACGAUAUAUUUUAAGAGAACGGCCAUCGGCUGGUCAACGAAAUAGCAUUAUGGAAGAUUUGCCAAUGAAUGAGACGAGUGAUGGAGCUUUACUGGGUUUGCCUGAAAGUCAAACCGAAUUAGAUAAUCUCACCGAAUAUAACACUGCCCACAACCGACGUAUUUCCAUGUUGGGAAUUGCGGAUGAUAAUCUGAGAAAACAAAAUGCCGCAAAACAAAGUGGGCGUAAACGACGCAAUGUUACAUUUAACGAUGAAGAAAUCAUAAUAAACCCCGAAGAUGUUGACCCAACUGUUGGCCGUUUCCGUAAUUUAAUUCAAACAACUGUAGUGCCUGCGAAACGAGGACGUUUUGAUGCUGGCAAUCAAAUGGGAAUCCAAACAUCACCAAACAAUGAAAGCCUAUCUUCUACCAACACAACUAGUCAUCAAAUAUUCCAACAAAGUUUAGCUGAACUAAAGCAACAAGUAGAUGCUGUACCAUUAUCGCCAAAUUCACUUUAUCAAGGUCUCCCAGCAUCCAUACAUGAUACGCAUUCAAAUUCCAGUUUAAAGUUUAACAACAGCAACAUUGAUUUUGAUAUCACACCAAUUGCUAUGGGCACCAAAUUGGGUCUAUUGUUGCCCAAUCCUGCGCCUGACGUAACACCAGUGGUUGAGCCAUCACAUACUAAGGCAAUAGCCGUACACGGAGCCGCACAAAAGCAGGGACAAAACGCAAACUUGCGUUUCGAUCCACACGCCGUUGGUGGAGCAUCUGAGAGUGGUACGCAUGGCCCACAAAAGAAGAAAUAUGCCAAGGAAGCAUGGCCUGGACGAAAGCCAAUGCUGGGUCAACUUUAAAAAUGCACGUACCAAAAGUGAAAAUAACCAUUUUUAGUUAAAAUAAAAUAAAAAAAUAAGUUCAAACAUAUUUAUGUAUGUCAGAAUUCUUCAUUUGUGUAAAGUAUUUAGCAAUAAUAUAACAGUGUAAAAUACUAUUUUACUUUAUGGAGAAUUUACACUGAAGAACAUGUUUCAAUUAUUGUGCAUUAUUCAGUUAUCGUUAAGUUAUGCGAAGAAAGAAAUAGUAAAUACAUGAUAAUGUAUAGGAAGUUGACUAACAUAGUUUUUAGACUUUUAAUAAAUUUUUUAAAAUAUCAAUGACGAACAAACCUCUAAAAAAUCGAUUUCAAAACUAAUGUCAUUUGUUUAUUUACUAAAAAAAAUUACAAAAAAAAAUAUAAUUAAAUUAAAGUUUUUAAACAAAGUUCGUUUUAUGAAUUUUCAAAGAAAUAAUGCAGUCCCCAUUGAAGGCUCACCCACUAACUACAGUGCUUUUAAAACUAAAUUAUCAGCUGUUUCAUUGCACUGGCUAAAAUGCACUUGUGAUAAAUAAAGUCGAAGUUAAGACUUACAACUAUUACUUAACUGUUGAAAUAUAAAAUUAUCCUUUAAUUUAUACAUUUAUCUACGAAAAAAAAUUAUAUACAAGUUUUGUUAAAGUUUGCAAUGUAUACAGUGCCUGUGAUACCGCCCGAUCUACGUCAUGAAGAA